AGUAUUUUUCGCGCUGACUAGCCGCAGCGUUUGAGUUUCCCGCAAGCUCCUCGAUCCGGCUUGAAUGAAACCCCUCCGCUCUGCAGGGAUGAAUACGGACAUAAAUCCCCUCUAACGACCGAGAGGACACCCAACAGCUCAGUGAGCCUGGAGGGGGUUAGAUGGGAUGGACAGCAAAGGUAGCUCCCUGCCUUCGAUGCCUGAGCCAGCCAACCCGAUCAGCAUGAAGCAGCCACCGGAGUCCCUCGGCGUACGGAAAGGUGGGGGGGACAUGAGCAGUGACCCUGCUCUACUAAUAAUGGACAAAGCUGCUGCCCAGCUGGCCGCCACACUACAAGACGGUGUCCUUCAGAAGAUGGCUGGCCACGGUCACAAUAACCACGGCCACGAGAGGCUCAAAGACCUCACCUCCCGCGUGCUGAAUGGGGACCAAGACGCGCUGCCUAAGCUGUGUGCUCCAGAGACACCCAUGUUUAAGGGUGCUGAAGCCCCUGCUACGAAUGGCACCCAUCAGCACAAUUGCACUCCUCAUGCUGAACAUGAACUGAAAGCGACGAUACCCCAGGUGGUCAAGCAGCCGUUGUUUGAGCCAUGCUGUGCGAAUGGGACCAGUUUGUCCACGGCCACCGAAGAUCCUGUAUCUGCACCAGAGAAUAGACAAGACUCGAAGAAAAGGAGGGGGGGACCUCACAAACCGAACCUCAGUUCUUCUGCAAUUCCUGUGGAGCCACUUGACCACACCAAUGCUGUAGAUGGGACCGGAGCAGCUGAUGAGCCUGAUCUCAUCCCACCGUUGAUGGAGGAGGAUACAGAAGAUUCCUCUGUGCUGGUCCGUUUUUCUGUUGGUGAUUUGGUUUGGACCAAGGUGUCAGGAUACCCCUGGUGGCCUUGCAUGGUGACCACAGACCCGGAGUUCAAUAAUCACAUCAAACCGAAACAGAAAGCCGUCAACAGCAGGUUGGGCCCCCUUUACCAUGUGCAGUAUUUUGGAGACGCCCCAGAGAGAGGCUACAUCUUUGAGAAGAACAUGGUGUCCUUCACCGGCGAGGAUCAAUACCAGGAGCUUAGCCAGGGCAACAAACAGUCAUUCUCCCGUGUCAUCCACAAAAAGACGGCUCCCCCUGUGCCCCGUAAACUCCAGGCUCAGUGGAACAUGGGCAUCAUUCAGGCCAAGGAGGCCUUCAGCAUGUCACUGGAUGAGCGCAUGGUAAACUUCGCUUUUCUGUACGACGAUGACGGGCCUCAUCUGAACCCCCGCAUCCUGGAGAAGUUGAGGCUAAAACAGAGCAACGAGAUGGACCAGGAAACAGAGUCUAGACUCAGCCCGGAUCUCCCCUCGGGCCCUGCCGACGACCUCUCAGCCGCCUCUCAGUCCCAAGAUAGCACUUCAACAGAGAAAAAGACACAAGCACCCAGAAUGAAACUCAGCUCGGGAGAAAAUCUAAGAGGCAAAGGCCAUCUGAAUGAUUUCCUGGCUAAAAAACAAUUGAAAGACACAGUUUCUUCCAAAGAAAUGCUUCAACCGCAGCCAGCCCCACAGGAUCCCACCACUUCUGCACCAGAACUACAAGCUGAAACAGUCAUACCUCAGAGGAAACAGAGGAGACCCAGACAGCCUCGGUCUCCCACAAAGACAGUUAGGAGAAGGAAAAAAUCUGCAACGGACAACACCUCCGACCCCGUGAAGAAAAGGAAACCAAAGCUGGUUUCUUCGACAGACAAUGUAACGGAACCAGACUCACUUCCAGUUUCAGUUCCAGUCAAGAGGCAACGAAAGAAGAUGUCGAAAAGUUUGCCAACAGACGCCACGGCAGACAAGGUUCAGCAGCCGAAAAAGAGACGUAAAACAAGCAAAGACGCUGAAAAACAGGCCUCAACUUCAGAAGGACCAGAGAAAAAGCAGAGAAGAAGAAAGAAAACGGACAAAGACUUAACGGAAACCAAGAAGAGACUGACGAAGUCAAAAGCUCUCCCCACUGAAAACCAAGCCACAGAGAAACCAAAGCGUAGGAGGAAAAGGAAGCAGGAUGGAGAGAACGAGACGACACCCUCCAAGGCAAAGAGAAGGCGGGUCACCCCUUGUCCUGAUCCAGAGGGCUCUGGAAGUGAAGGACGUCCCGAAUCUCCGAGUGACAGCUUGGACGGGACAAAAAAAGGCGAACGGAAGAAGGAGUUUGUCUGCCAGACGUGUGAGCAGGCUGGUGAGGACUUGGUGCCCUGUGAAGGCCAAUGCUGUGGGAUGUUUCACCUCCACUGUCUGGGUCUGCCAUUCAAACCUGACGAGAAGCUGAUGUGUCAGGAGUGCAGCACAGGAAUCCACUCGUGUUUCACCUGUAAGCAGUCGGAUGGCGCCGUGCGUCGCUGCCACGUCCAACACUGCGGCAAGUUUUACCACGAGGCGUGCAGCCGCCUGAACCCUCUCACUGUGUUUGACAACAAGGGCUUUCGCUGCCCACUGCACGCCUGCCUGAGCUGCCACUACGGCUGCCGCACCAAGCAGAAGUCCGCCAAAGGUAGGUUGAUGCGUUGCCUGCGUUGCCCCGUGGCGUACCACGUCGGUGACCUGUGUGUGGCUGCGGGCAGUGAGAUGAUCACCAACACCGCCAUCAUCUGCACCAACCACUUCCACGCCAAGAAGGGCUACAGCCACCACAGUCACGUCAACGUCAGCUGGUGCUUCGUCUGCUCCAAAGGAGGGCAGCUGCUGUGCUGCGAGUCUUGUCCUGCAGCUUUUCACCCGGACUGCUUGAACAUCGCUAUGCCCGAUGGGAGCUGGUUCUGCAACGACUGCCGGGCCGGAAAGAAACCCAAAUACAGAGACAUCAUCUGGGUCAAACUGGGGACAUACAGAUGGUGGCCUGCAGAGAUCCACCAUCCAAGAAACAUCCCCACCAACAUCCAGCACCUUCGCCACGAGAUCGGAGAGUUCCCGGUCUUCUUCUUCGGCUCCAAGGACUACUUCUGGACCCACCAGGGCCGAGUGUUUCCAUACAUGGAGGGAGACCGGGGCAGCAAGCACCAGAGGACCGGCAUCGGCAAAGUCUUCAAGAACGCUCUACUGGAGGCUGAAGUUCGAUUCAAGGAGAUCAAAAUUAAACGAGAGGCCAAGGAGGCACAAGAGAACAGCCGGAAGCCACCGCCAUAUAAAUUUAUCAAGGUGAACAAACCCUUCGGUAAGGUUCAGGUCUACACUGCAGACGUUUCCGAGAUCCCUAAGUGUAACUGUAAGCCGACAGACGAGCGGCCGUGCGGGUUUGAGUCCGAGUGUCUGAACCGCAUGCUGCAGUACGAGUGCCACCCUCAGGUGUGUCCCAGCGCCGAGCGAUGCUGUAACCAGGACUUCACCAAACGCCUCUACCCAGAGACCAAGAUCAUCAAGACCCCCGGCAAGGGCUGGGGCCUGAUCUCUCUCCGGGACAUCAAGAAGGGCGAGUUUGUGAACGAGUACAUCGGCGAGCUGAUAGACGAGGAGGAGUGCAGGGCGAGGAUCAAAUACGCCCACGAAAACAACAUCACUGACUUCUACAUGCUCACCAUCGACAAGGACCGGAUCAUUGACGCCGGUCCGAAGGGAAACUACUCUCGCUUCAUGAACCACAGCUGUCAGCCCAACUGUGAGACGCAGAAGUGGACGGUGAACGGAGACACGCGGGUCGGACUGUUCGCCGUCUGUGACAUCCCGGCAGGGACGGAGCUGACCUUUAAUUACAACCUUGACUGCCUCGGGAAUGAGAAGACCGUCUGUCGCUGCGGAGCUCCAAACUGCAGCGGUUUCCUUGGCGAUCGACCCAAGAACUCAAGCGGCCAAACCGCCGAGCCGAAAGGGAAGCGCUUGAAGAGAAAGUAUAAAAGGAGGAAAACAGAGGGAAAGAAGAAGUCUGAUGACGACUGUUUCCGCUGCGGAGACGGAGGACAGCUGGUGCUCUGUGGGAAGAAGACCUGCACCAAAGCUUAUCACUUGACCUGCCUGAACCUCACCAAGAGACCCUUCGGCCGCUGGGACUGCCCCUGGCACCACUGUGACGUCUGCGGGAAAAACUCCGAGGCUUUCUGCCAGCUCUGCCCCAACUCCUUCUGCAAGGCUCACCAGGAGGGGGCGCUGCGCUCCUGGCCCCCCACCGGACAGCUGUGCUGUGUGGAGCACGAGGAGCUGGAGGCAACGACCAACCAGGAUCAGGGCGCCAACAUGACGACCAAGAUGACUCCAACUACAGCCGCCGCCGUCGUCAGCCGUCCACCCAAAGGCUCCAGGAAGGCGGACGGAACCGAGGCGAAAACAAAACGCUCCAAGAGGAAAGCAGCAGAGGCCUGAAAGUGACCUUUGACCCCCCCCUCCUCGGAGAGCCAAAAGACCAAACUAGACUCUUUUGACACCUGCUUCCAUGUUCAUGGACAAAUAUAAACCCCUCGUUAUACUGUCUCUCCAUGAUCGCAACAAUCAAGGCACUGUACAUCUUCAUCAGGGAAAGCCGCUUAUCUCUCACAAGCUCAGCAGCAGCCUGAAGCUCGACGCUCAAAACAAACGCUAUUAUUUUAAAAACAUUUUCAGUUGUUUUUUUUGUGUUUUUUUUUCAUUCUCUGCACUGAGGCGACCCUCCUGUGGUAAAGCACAAAGCAGCAGCAGAGGGAGCGAAGGUCAGGAAACUUCGGCUUCUGGAUUUCUGGAUCAUUCUUCCACCAACCAAACUGCCUUUCUACAUUUUUUUUGUUUUAUUGUCUUUUUUAUUUUUUAUUUUUUUAAGAUUGAAGAUUAACAAAACAAACCAGUUGGCAUCUGCAGAAAAGAAACCGAACCAUCUGGAAGUAAAACUGAGCUGCAGCGUCACCGUCGUAUAAAACUUGAAUCUCAUUCGCCCCCUCGUUCAACACAAAGGAUCUUAGCAGAGUUUUAUAGCUAUAUCUAUAUAUGUGUGUAUAUCAAAGACCAAAACUAUGAUUACUGGGAUAAUACUGUAGGACAUCAAACAGGUUGCCAAAUGGAUUGCUUUUAUUUUUAUAUAUAGUAUAUAUAUGUCAGAUUUAAUAUCGAAACACUAUGGAUAGUCCUCAGACGACCUCUUCUGUUUGGUAGCCAUAGGUUACAUUUAACUGUAGACUUUUGUUUGCUAUUUUACAACCUGUUAUUUUGUUUUAGCUCAGUUUUACUGUUUAGAUUUGAAUGAUUUCUCUUUUUAUUUUUUGAGUAUCAGUAUGCUGAAUGAUGGCGCCCACAAACUGUCAAUCAACCUGCCUGUCCAGAGAACGACGGGUGACAGAAAGUGUUAAAGCGAGAGCGCUCUUAAACUUUUGUAUGACAUAAAAAAAACACUACUGGGAGGUUUAAAGGUCUUUGGUGCUCUCUGCUCGAUGCUAAACCAGAUAAAUGAAGGAAUACGUGAUUUUCUGGAACGUUCUUUGACUCCUGACCUUUUAAAGGUGCUGUUUUUUUUUUUUCCACUGAAGUAUCAGAAUUCUAAGGUACAAAGAUUUAUAGAUGUACACAUCCUUCAGAUUCACAAUGUAAAGGUCUGUGUCAUCCGACUGGGCUUUUUAUUGAUGAUAGAAAUCAUUGAGUCAUUCAUCUGUAGCUGAGGUUUUAAAAGACAGACCUCAUCUUUUUAAAUCUCAGGAGGUUUUUGGUUUCAAACUGCAUCCUGCUUGUUGUUUACUUCUUUAACAGGGUAACAGAACACUGGCAUACAUCUGGAAACUCCUAUUUUGAGUCAUUUUUUCUUAUUUGUACUUGACAUAAAGCUUCAAAAUGAGGUUGAACAGAACUAGAGUACCGCGGUACAUUUUAGUCAGACUUUAACUUUUAACACUCGGAGAUCUGUGAGCUCCAGCUGUACUUCCUAAACCUCAGCUGUACUUGAUGUGUCACGCUUAUGCUGCUUUUCUGUUACUAUGAGUACCAGUUUUUGAUUUUUAUACCAUUUGCAUCAUCCAGGUCAAAAUUACAACAAAAGCAAAUGUUCUUUGAAGGUCCUAACUAUUCAAUCGGCACAUAUAUUUGAAAGUGAUGCGCCCAAAGUCCAUCACUAUCUCCAGUCUUAUAUGUCCUCAAAUGGCCACUGUACUAGGAGCUUUGAAACAAUUUCAUAUGCAUGUUGUUUAAGCAAAAAGAAGCGGUAGGAAAAAAGCUUUUUUUUUCUUCUUUGGAUUCACAAUUUUGAAAUACUAAAAUUUCAUAUUUUUUGCAUUAAGCAAAAAGUGUAUUUAGAGUUUAUGUCAUCAGUGAGUCUCUUUUUUUCGGGUAAGUUAGUUUGUUAAAUUUCAUUUCUAACAUUUAUAAAAAUGACCAUUUUUUUCUUAAAGCCACUAUCUGUGCUUUUUCUUUCUUCCUCCAAAAACCUAAAUUUUGAGUUGUUCCGACACAACGGGAGGCCAUUUUUCAUAACUGCACCUUUUUCAUUUAUGUUAGCAUUUCUUUUUUUCGCAGGCCGUGUGAGUGGGACAUGUCCAGAGGUGCAGCAAGUCUCGUACGAGUAUUUUUCGGCUUUGUGUGUAUCCUAACCUUGACUUGUGUUGAGUGAAUGUAGUCCAGCCAGUUACUUUUGUAAGCACUGUAAUUCCCUGUAGAGCUGAAGUGUAAUGUGUGAGUAGGGGUUUUCAUUCUGUAACUACUGUCAUAGUAAAACCAGAGACUAAUAUGUACAUAAUGUAUAAGUGGUAAUAGUGAUGCAUCUAUUGUAAAUAUCAUACAAUCUCUCUGAUAUGUAUGUUUGUUUUGUUUUUGUUUUUUUUCUUGAUGCAGUGCUGAAACACUUUUCUGCAGGAUCUCACAUCUGUUGAAUCGUGCAAUAAAAAGUGAACAAACAUG